AUGUGCUCUACAAAUCUUAACUUCCUUGCUUCAGACGAACUUUAUUCAAAACUUCUACACACUCUUACUAUGAUUGAAGUUGUAACUCAUUCCUUCGGAGCAUACAUAAUAAUUUCAAAAACUCCAAAAAAGGUUGAAUCCGUGAAGGCUGGCAUGUUAAUUCUACAUAUAGUUGGAGCAAUUGUGGAUGUUUAUUUCAGUCUUUUAACUAUGCCAGUAAUACUGGUUCCAGUUUGUGCUGGCUAUCCGCUAGGUAUUCUUAAACUUUUCGGGGUUCCUAGUUCGGCGCAAGUUUACAUGGGCGUUUGUUCACUUGAAGGUUCGUUAUUUCAAAAUUUCACUGGACUGGACGUUUUACAUACAACACUUUUCGAAUUCUUGAUAAAAUGA